GUAACCUGCUCCAGUUUGCGUCAACAGCCGCUCCGGUGUGCUCGUUUGUUUGUUUGACGGGUUGCUUCGGCACGUUAGCGGGAGGGAGACCGACGGGCCCGGCUGCUGUCCACAGAGGUCCGGUCGAGGACAGUCUUCACCUGUCGGUCUGUUUGCUGAGUCACUCGUUCACCUGUCGGCCGUCCUGGUUUUCUCUGACUGUUUGUCUGACGACCGUCCGCCUGAGUGCGUCCGUCGAUCCUGCCGCCGCUGCACCAUGAGCGUAUGAUGUCUGAGAGCAGCUGCUAUGGCCUGCAGCAGCGGUCAGAGCAAUGCCGAAACUCUGGAGGGGUUCCAUGAGGUGAACCUGGCCUCGCCCACCACACCUGACCUUCAGAACCAAGCGGAGCAGCGCCCCCCCGCCCGCCACAGCACCCCGCCCACCUCCCUGUACCGCACCCACUCUCUGGGAGGGCCCCCUCCUGGCCUCCCCGCCUCCCUGCGGGCCGACCAGCUCCCCACACAGCCGGUGUACUCCACACCGCGGCACAGCCACAAUGGAAGCGUGCCAGGCCAGGAGGCGGAGUCGGCCGAUGGCACCUUCCUGUCGGGAGAGGACGGGGAGGAGGGCAGCGCUUUGAGUGACAGCCUGUCGCGGCUGCGCAGCCCGUCGGUGAUGGAGGUCCGAGAGAAAGGAUACGAGAGGCUGAAGGAGGAGCUGGCCAAGGCCCAGAGGGAGCUGCUGUUGAAGGAUGAGGAGUGUGAGAGGUUGUCUAAAGUCAGAGACCAGCUCGGCCAGGAGCUGGAGGAGCUCACCGCCAGUCUGUUCCAGGAGGCCCACAAAAUGGUCAGAGAGGCCAACGUCAAACAGGCAAACGCUGAAAAACAACUGAAAGAAGCCCUGGGCAAGAUUGACGUCCUCCAGGCGGAGGUCCAGGCCCUGAAGACACUCGUGCUCUCCUCCCCCACCUCCCCCCUGGGUGAACUCCCCCCCGCAGGAGCGGUAGGAGGAGGGGUGAAGACUCCCUUCAGAAAGGGCCACAGCAGGAACAAGAGCACCUCCUCUGCCAUCCUGGGCACGCAGCCCGACCCGUCGGCCACGCAGCCCAUCGUACGGGAGUGCAGAGAGGCCGACAGUCAGCUGUUCAGUGACUUCAAGGCGUGGAAGGAGGAGCCGACGCUGGACCGAGGCUGCUGCUUCCUGGAGAGAGUUUACCGCGAGGACAUCUACCCCUGCCUCACCUUCAGCAAGAGCGAGCUGGGGUCGGCCAUCUUGGAAGCCGUGGAGCAGAACACGCUCAGUGUGGAGCCGGUCGGUUUCCAGCCGCUGCCUGUGGUCAAAGCCUCGGCGGUGGAGUGCGGAGGACCAAAUGGGCGAAGGGCCGAGCUCGUCACAAAAUGUGCCCUGAGCGGUCAGACCAAAACCUGUAAGCACAGAAUCAAGUUUGGAGAUUCGUCCAACUAUUACUACGUGUCUCCCUACUGUAGAUACAGAAUCACAGCAGUGUGUAACUUCUUCACCUACAUUCGCUACAUCCACCAAGGGCUGGUCAAACAGCAGGAUGCGGAGCAGAUGUUCUGGGAGGUGAUGCAGCUUCGCAGAGAAAUGUCCUUCGCUAAGCUCGGCUACUACAAAGACCAGCUGUGACCGACGGACGGCGCCGCCCCCCAAUCACGUCGGACUCUGCCCUGAAGCUCCGCCCUCCCCCUGGUUCUGGUUUCCUUCUCUCGGCCCCUCCCCCGCCUUUGUGUGAGUGUGUUUCUGUGUGAGAGAGAAUAAAUGUGGUCGUUUUCAGCCGUCACGAAAAAGCCUGAAAGACUGACGUCAGUGGUUACUGAGCUGGAGGUUUGUUUAGUUUCUAUUGAGUUUGAAUCCAAAAUGUGAGAUUUCCUAUUUGAAACGUGUAACACUCCAGAAAAGAGAAGUGAAAACCGACAUAUGCUGGCAUUUAAACCCAUCUGAGGAGCUCUGACUUUGCUUUUUUCUCCCCCUCCUCAGAAAGUUUAGCAUGGCUGAAAUAAAUCAUUCGUAUUCCUCAGUUACAAAUAAAAACACUUUUCUGGACAGAUGAUGGAGGAUCAGAGCCGCAGCGAAGGAGGAGAAAUAUCUGAGAUUUAGUCGUUGAAAUAUUUGGAGAAAAAAGUCGUUUUCAAAAAAUAAAGUCAUGAAACAGGGAAUUUUUUUUUUUUUAAACUGAUAAUUUGAGAACAAAGCUACUUUUUUUUUUACAAAAAAAACAUUUCAUAAAGUUUUGAAAAAAUAAAUGAAUAAUAAUGUUUUGAGAAUAAAGGUUUAAUUUCAGAUAUUUAAUCACAGUAAAGAGCUGAGUCAGUUUUUUCUCUACGUAUCGUGACUUUUUCUUAGUUCAAACAAUUUCAUUCCGUAUUUUCUUUAUAUAAUUUUAAAUGCAAAACGUUACGACUUUACUUUCCUCAGAAUUCGGACUUUAAUGCUGAAAACGUUGACUUUGUUUCUGUAGUUUGUAAAAUGAUCUCACAGAAUCACAACUUCAUCCCAAAACACUGACUUAACCUCAUAAAUAUUACUUAAAAUUACGACCCGACUUAAUUUCCACAUUUUUGUCUUCAGCAUUCUUUCUAGAAAUCUCAGAUAUUUUUUCGAAGUGGCCCUUUUGCUCUCUCAGGUUGGCUCAAAUAACUAAAACCUGUUAAAGUUCUGCUGAGGUUACUCUGGCGUCGCGUGAAGUCAGUCGGCUGCUCUGAAUCUUUGUUCAGAAAAGUAAAAAUGUCUGCUGGAGAGAAAUGAGACACCCACCCGUUAAUAUGAUGAGCAAACAAUCAGCUGUUUACAAAAUGAAACUGUGUAUAAGCUUAUAUUUAAUUGUAGGUUUUGUUGUAGUAAAUGAUGAAGGCGGUCCAGGAAGUUGAAGGAAGGACAGUUGGAUGCAAGAUAAUCAGAAGAUCACGAGAACAAAAUUCAAAGCCUCAUUCAGACUGGAUUCAUUUAGGUAGAUUCUGACAUUACCUGCUCUGUCACCCACGUUAGUCACAGCUGCAGUUUCCAGCUGUUUACCAGUGAACCCGCUGCUCCUCCUGUCAUUUAAAUCCCGUCCAUGUGUUUUAAAACGGAUCUCUGAGUUUAUUCUGUGAAGAGCUGCUCGUCCUUCUUCUUUUUUGUAUGUGAAAUUGAAGUAAGUCAAACUGUUUGCUAAUCUGAAACAUGCUAACGCUAAUAUAGGCCUGUUGAGGAAACGGUGCCAUUAAAAGUGUGCAGAAUUAGCCAUUAGCAGCUCCCGCUUGCAGUGUCACUGUUGAUGUACAGACAACUGUCACUGCAUCUCUUUGAUACUGAAGAAAACUUAAAAACAGGAACAUUCUCAGGCAAGUUCUGCACUGUCUUUUUCCCCCAAGAUAUAGCAUAUUUGUGGAGGUUUCUUCUCAAUGUACAUUGAUAUCCUCAGGAAGUGUAAGUCACACUGAAUGAUAUCAACAUGUCUCGUCUUUGUCCUGUUGGACGUUCAUGUCUACCACAGAUUUCACUUCUCGGUGCUUUGAACAAUGAGCACAGUGAAGGUUCCACCUGUAGGGUUAAUCCUGUCUGAAUGGGGCUUAAAAUGUGUUCUCAACUUUAUAAAGCCGAAUCCAGGAACUUUAUUUAUAAUUUCUUGAAGAGUUUAUGAUGACGAUUUUGUUGUCGGGUGGUUUCAGAUGUUGGUGAGGCUCCAGGAGAAUUGGGUUAAAGGGUAACUUAAACACCACAUUUACAUUUUCUGCUGUUCAACACUACGUGACGUUCUGGCAUCUUUAGGUACUUUGACAAACAAAUUGCAGGGAAUUGUCCUUUAACAGCUCCUGGAGUCUUCAGCCUGCUGGAAUUAAUCAAUCAGGAAAUGUGUAGAUAGCAAGGUGUGUGUGUGUGUGUGUAUAAACUUUGUAUAUGUUAAUUUAAACCUGACUCCUCUGCUUCUCUCUCUCUCCCAUUCGAAGUCAAUGUCACUCUCCCGGUUUGGUUUAGUGCCUUUUCUCUCAGACACUCUGAAAUAAAAACAGUAAUAC